AUGACAUUAGAAGCAGAAGUCUGGAACGAUAUUACUCCCAUUCCUCAGGACGACGGGCCUGACCCGUUAGCGCCAAUUGCAUAUAACCCUGAAUACGCCAAAGCUAUGGGUUACUUUCGCGCCGUUGCUCAAAAAGACGAGCGUAGUGAAAGAGCCUUAGAUUUAACUGAACAAAUUAUCGAACAUAACCCUGCUCAUUAUACUAUCUGGCGUUAUCGUCAACAAAUUUUAUUCUUUUUGAAUAAAAAUCUUUAUGAGGAAUUGGAUUUUGUAGACGAACAAAUAAAAUAUAACCCGAAGAAUUAUCAACUUUGGCAUCAUCGGCAAAUUAUAGUGGAAAAACUUAUGGAUGUAUCUCGCGAAUUACCAUUCAUUAAUAAUGUUUUGAAUGAUGAUGCAAAAAAUUAUCAUGCAUGGACUUAUAGACAAUGGGUUAUAAAAACUUUUAAUUUAUGGGAAGGUGAACUCGAAUUUAUUGAUAAAUAUUUGGAUAAAGAUGUUCGAAAUAACUCUGCUUGGAAUCAAAGAUAUUUUGCGAUUUUUUUCAAUCCGAAUAAACCUACUGAUGAUUUUCUCGCUCAAGAAAUUAAUUAUGUUAUUGAAAAGAUAAAGCUGGCUCCAAAUAAUAUAAGCCCGUGGAAUUAUAUCAAAGGAGUUAUUGCAAAGUCUGACAAGGAUAUUGAUAUUUUAGAAGGAUUAUGCAAAGAGGUUGAAGAACAAAAAAUUAUAUCCCCUCAUGCACUUGGAUGUCUUGUAGAUAUUCAUGAAAGUCGAGCACGAAAUGGUUCUGCUACGGAUAAAGCAGAAGGGAUCAAAAUUUGCAUAACUUUAGCAGAAAAACAUGAUACCAUUCGAAAAAAUUAUUGGGAAUAUAGGAAAGGAAAUACUCAAUCUGGUGGAGGUCUUCCUCAACUUGGUGGCCCUAAUGAUGACAAACAUAAAGAUGACAAGGAUAAAGACAAGAAAAAAAAAUGGGAACCACCUCUCCCUACUCGCGUUGGGAAGAAAAAGAAGAGAGGACCUGACGCAACUUCUAAAUUACCAGCAGAUUAUUUGUUGAUGGAAGAAGAAUUCGUUCAAAAUCAGGAACAAUUAAAGCCCCAAGAAGAGAAGGCACAGGAAGAAAGAACCCGAGUAGACGAUUUACGCGGAUCGCCCAUGGGCGUUGGUACUCUUGAAGAAAUUAUUGAUGAUGACCACGCGAUUGUUUCGUCAUCUACAGGACCAGAGUAUUAUGUUAGCAUUUUAUCUUUUGCCAUGUCCGUUGUCGGUGUACUUCAGGACGAUACAGACCCAAUGGUCAGUGUAAUGAAACUUGAAAAAGCACCUACCGAAUCAUAUGCUGAUAUUGGGGGUUUAGAACAACAAAUUCAAGAAAUUAAAGAAUCUGUAGAAUUGCCGUUAACACAUCCAGAAUUAUAUGAAGAAAUGGGUAUUAAACCUCCAAAGGGUGUUAUUUUAUACGGUGUUCCGGGAACAGGAAAGACGCUGUUAGCCAAAGCUGUGGCUAAUCAAACAUCAGCAACGUUUUUACGUGUUGUCGGAUCGGAGUUAAUUCAAAAAUACCUUGGAGAUGGGCCAAAACUUGUGCGUGAAUUGUUCCGUGUCGCAGAAGAACACGCACCUUCAAUUGUUUUUAUUGAUGAAAUUGAUGCGAUUGGAACAAAGCGUUAUGAAUCAAAUUCUGGUGGGGAGAGAGAAAUCCAACGAACUAUGUUAGAGCUUUUAAAUCAAUUGGAUGGGUUUGAUUCUCGAGGAGAUGUUAAAGUUGUUAUGGCAACAAAUCGUAUUGAAUCACUCGAUCCGGCAUUAAUUCGUCCGGGUCGUAUUGAUCGUAAGAUUGAGUUUCCAUUACCAGAUGUGAAAACCAAACGGCGUAUCUUCAAUAUUCAUACCAGUAGAAUGACUUUGGCAGAGGAUGUAGAUCUUGAAGAAUUUGUAAUGUCAAAGGAUGAUUUGAGUGGAGCUGAUAUAAAGGCUAUUUGUACCGAAUCAGGUUUAUUGGCACUUCGUGAAAGGCGUAUGAAAGUGAUUGCUGAAGAUUUUAGAAAAGCGCGUGAAAAAGUUCUUUACC